CUCUACUUCUUAGUAUUAAAAAGGUUCAUGGUUACUUACUAUUAUUAUUAUUAUUAUAUUGCAGAUAGAAAAAGGGUGGAACAAUCUUUUUGUUUCCAUUAUUUCCAUAGAAACAGGGGAAACCAUAGCCAAGUCUGGCAAAGCAUCAGUACAAAAUGGGAAGUGUCAUUGGGAAGAUUCGAUGCUAAGUACCAUGUGGAUUUCUGAGGAUCUUUUACAAUACAAUGAAAGCUUCCUCCUUAAGCUUGUUGUUGCCAUGGGAUCUGCGAGAUUUGGGACUCUUGGGGAGGCUAUCAUUAAUUUAGCAACUUACAUUAGACCAGAUGUGAGUACUGCAUCAUUGCCUUUGAGACAAUGUUCCCAUGGGACAAUCUUACAAGUUAAAAUUCAAUGUUUGACCCCGAGAAGCAAACACAGGAAGGGAGCAAAUUCAUUUGUGGAAGAAAUGAGUGUUUGUUCUGAUGAUGUAGACAGCAUAUCUGAUGUAUCUGACAAUACAUUCAGCAGGACUAGUGGAUCUCCAUAUUGGGACUAUCAAGAAAAUAUAUAUCAUCGAAGAGAACUUAGCAGUAAGAGAAUAAGUCCACUGGCAACAUGUUCAGAUCACGAUACUGGGAGCUCCUUGUCCUUCUGGAUCGGGAAGCUCCCCCAACAAAGCAAUGUCAGUGGACUGAAGAAGAAUAUGAAUGAGAGACAAGAUUCAACUUACUCUGAAAAUAUCCACUAUCCAUCAUAUGAUGCCUCCGGAUCAAUACAUUCAUCUCCAGUAACCUCAAGUUCGAGGACACCGGUUCAAGGUAAAAUAGAAGAGCUUGGGAAAGUUUCACAUGCCAGCGACACGACGUCGACAAGGAGUGUUGGUUCAUCUAAAGAUCUUCUGGGUGUGGCACAAGUAACCAUUGAUUUACUUCAUGGUGAAGCAAAGAUGUGGGAAGAAAAUGNUUUUUUUUUAUGUAAUGAAAAUGACGAAACCAAAACUUACCAUUGGACCGCAAGAAAUCACAAAUCAUAA